AUUUUAGCGGAUUUGAGCUCGAAGCCUCUAGUAUGGCGGUUUAACGGUUAACAGUGCAACGGUCAUGAACACGCGAAAUCGAAAGUGAUAAUCUCUGCCAAGUCGUUUAAUCCUGAUUCGGACGAGAGACCGAACAAUCUAGUGAAGCCGCGUAUCCGCUGAGUGACCUCAGAGCUAAUUGCAUUAAGUGCUGGACAAUUUUCACCGCUAGCAGGAAGUCCUAAGAGUUAGCCAUGCCUUCCGUUCUGUGGGUGCAACUCUUCAUCGGCAUUUUCGUCAUCACUUCCGCUGAGAAUGUGGCUCGGGAGGCGAAGGAAAAGCGACAAAUCCAUCAAACUGGGGUCGCAUCGCAACACAAUCAAGAUGUCCAUCGGCAAUUGGAUGCAAUCUAUGGAUCAGCCAGUCCUUACUUAGUAAGAGCUGCCGCACCUAAAGUACAGCGCUCCCAACCCCAAGUUCACUACCAGCCCCAGCAACAAUUGCAGGAGAUUCAAUUGGAUCAGGCGCAGCUACAAGCAGCCCAAUUCCCUUACUAUGCGGACGUUACUCAAUCAAGUGCUCAACCUCAUGUACAAACACUCCAACAGUCGCAAGCAACACAAUACUAUCCACAAGCAGCACCAGGUCGGGAGCAGCAACCACAAUUCCAUACCAUUAGAGAAGAACAACUUUUCAAACUUCUGCAAGACGAAUUGGCAGCACGAAAUGCGCAACCUGAACCUGCCGCUGCCCAGACUCAACAAAAGCCAAAAGGAGCGCCUACAACUCCUGGUCUUGGAAAUUACCGAGAAGCACCUCAAACUGAAAACGGUCAACGGGUCCAAUACAUCCAGUACCCUCAAAAUUAUAUUCAACCAAACCCACUUGACUACCAUCGAUCACUCCCCAAUCAUCCAUUGGCCCAAUCUUCACUCGAGAAAGAGAUUGAGAAAUUGGUAGCAUCUAAUAAACCAGACCGCGCACAAGGCAGGGAACAAGAAGUUUACAGGAGUCAAAAACUACCACCUAAACUAUUUUCAACAACACCAGCUCCUGUUCAAGAGGACAAGCCCUACCCAGACGUCCCCGACCUUUUGCAAUUCAAUAACUUCAAACCUCAAAGUCCAUUGUUCUACCAACAAAACUUAGCCGACCCAACUCCCCAGUACCCCAUUGAAACACCUGAACAAUAUCAGAAACUUGCACAAAUAAAUCAAAAUGCAGGUCAAUACUUGAUAGGUGCCAACGGUCGACCUAAAUUCAAGCCCAAUCAUUCUCCCUUCCAACAUCAGCAGUACUACCAACAAGAAGCCAAGGACAAUAUACAAAGCCAAACAAUAAACGCACAAGGAAAAGGAAACGCUCUUCAAGUGAUUCCAUCUCCAAACUUGCAGUACGAAACGCCCGAAGCGAGUCCAUCUCCGGAUGCUGCUGCCUAUUUCAAAGCACAAAAUUUCGAAAAGCAACGACCUCAGAUUUCGGGCCAGUCACACUCAGCAAUCUACGUGGCUCAAGGGACAGGUGUCACUCCCAUUCCACACCAACAACAACUCCAGCAACAGCCAGUGCAACAGAAACAAGUUCCUAAAUUGCCGGAGCAGGGCAAGGUAAUCACAGAAGCUGAAUUCCAAGCUUUGGUCGAUGCUGGAUAUCCUGUAGAAGCCGUGCCCGUACCUGUACCAGUCCCAGUUCCAGAACCAUACGGUAAAGGUGCCCCGCCAGUCCACCUACUUAGACCUCAACCGCAAAAAGGUUUUCGGCGUCAGGUGAAACCUGGUCCAGCAAGGCCGGGUGUAACGUUCCUUCGUCCCUUACGAUUAGUUAACCCAGACGCCCAUGGAAGACAAUGAUCUGAAUUUUCAUCAAUCUUAGAUUAUUCACGAAUUACUCUUCCCUAGUUACAUAUGCCGUUGAAGUUAACCCACACAUUCUACAUUAGUUUAAUUUAGUUACAAUCUACUCUGUAUGUGUUGUAUUUAUUGUAAAUAAAGUUUUUAAUUAGUUUAAA